UCACCAGCCGCCUGAUGAAAAUGUCGUCUUCGUACGCUGCCACGAUAUCCGCCCUUGUUAAAGCCAGAUCUCCUCGCUCUGCUCCAGACCCGCCUGCUAGUCCCAAAUCUGUCCCCGUUCUGCAACAUCCCGCCCCCCCUGAGGCUGUGGGACCAUAUGAUGACCAGGAGAACCCUGCAGAAUACGGGAUAGGAGGUUAUUAUCCUGUAGACAUUGGAGAGAUCUUUGUGGACCGAUACCAGGUUGUGAAAAAGUUGGGAUGGGGCCACUUUUCAACCGUGUGGCUCUGCUGGGAUAUGACAAAAGGCCGUUUUGUGGCUCUGAAGGUGGUGAAGAGCGCGGCGACAUACCGAGAGACGGCACUGGAUGAGAUCAAACUUCUCAAAUGCGUGAGGGACAGCGAUCCCAGAGAUUUGAACCGUGACUGCGUUGUGCACCUCAUCGAUGACUUCAGGAUCUUUGGAGUGAACGGGGAGCAUGUGUGCAUGGUUCUGGAGGUGCUGGGCCAACACGUCCUCAAGUGGAUCAUCAAAUCCAACUAUACUGGUCUUCCACUUCCAUGUGUCAAAAGCAUCAUCAGACAGGUUCUGCAGGGUUUGGAUUAUUUGCACACCAAGUGCAAGAUCAUUCACACAGACAUCAAGCCGGAGAACAUCCUCCUGCGGGUGGAUGACGUUUACGUUCAGAAAAUGGCAGCCAACACCAAACUGUGGCAACUGCCGGACUUCCCUGCAUUGCCUGUGGACUCCAGCGCCAAACAAAAAAAGACAUUGUCCAACUUAAUGGGAAAGCUUACGGGCGUUUUCCAAACCAUAGGAAAUUGGUCCAGCAAGGCUUCAAGAUCCCAACUCAAACGACUGAUGAGGAAGGAGAAGAAGCAGCAACAAGGACAAGAGAGCGACCACAAUCCAAAUGAAACGCUCACAACACCCACCAGCGCACGGAGCGCAACCUGUCAAUCACUGCUUCCAUCUGCUGACCUCAAAUUACGGAGGCAGACCUUGCUGCUGUCGGAUGGGCCCGACUCACCUGCGCUCCAUCACAGAAAGCUCACCUCUUCAUUGCCAGACAUCCCCAAAGAGGCUCCCAGAUCCGUAAUUUUACACCAGACUGCAGACAAAGUCUCUUCCCCUCACGGAAGCAGCAACUGUGAUGUGCCUCUUGACCUCCUGCUGCCACACAACGCCGACAAGCUGCUCAUUAAGAUCGCCGACCUGGGCAACGCUUGCUGGGUGCACAAACACUUUACCGAGGACAUCCAAACAUGUCAGUACCGCUCCGUGGAGGUCCUGAUCGGGGCCGACUACAGCACUCCGGCUGACAUCUGGAGUACUGCCUGCAUGGCUUUUGAGCUGGCAACCGGAGACUAUCUUUUUGACCCUCAGUCAGGGGCCACAUUCUCCCGUGAUGAAGAUCACAUUGCUCACAUUAUUGAACUGCUGGGAGCCCUUCCGUCACAGUUUGCCCUCUCGGGGAAGAAAUACAAAAUAUUCUUCAACCAGAAAGGACAACUGAGGCACAUCUCGAAGCUGAAGCCGUGGAGCUUGUUAGAAAUUCUGUUGGAUAAGUACGAGUGGGCCGAGGAUGAAGCGGCCCAGUUCAGCUCCUUCCUCCUGACCAUGUUGCGGCUUCAGCCAGAAAAAAGAGCCACUGCAGCUCAAUGCCUGCAACACCCGUGGAUCACAUCCUGAAAAGUCUGCUUUACGCGUUCCAUGCCACCCUGGGCUUGGAGGCUAUCGGAGGCCAUCGAGUCUGGUGCUGGCAUCACAGGCAAAGCUUUAUUCGCUUUGAAUUCGGGCACAGCGACCAACUGUAUGAGUACCACUGUAUGAGUAUCUGCUAAGUAUUGUUACAACCUUAGUGUUAAUUAGAUGGUAGAUACAGCAGCAAGAUGGAGUAUUAAAGUUAUGACACCAUAAGUGUGAAGUCUUAUGCAGUUACCGUGUUAGUACGCUUGCGUGACAAGCGUUUGUCCCCUUUUACCAUGAAUAUGUUACGUGGUUUGUUUUUUCUUUCCCAUUCUUUGCCUCACAACGAGUACCCGGGCCCCAUUGCUGGUGUUCAUGGUUGGCGUCUGUCUGUUAUAAACACAAGGAAGACAUGUUGGUUGAUGGUGUUCUCAUGGUGUCUGUAGCCAGUGUUUAUUCAACAAUAUAUCUUACUGUUCUUUCAUCUGCAUUCAAUAGUAUCACACAGUAUCAAUAGUCUACCUGCAAGUCCUGUAUUGUCCAUGCAAGUACACAAAAUGCAACAUUUUACUCAGUCAUUUCUUGUACAUUUGUAAUAAUGAUCAUGAACAAUCAAUAAAAAGUGAUUGUGAAGUGAAAGUGAUU